CUUGCUCAUAAUUGUGAUCGAUUUCAUUCAGUAGUUCUGAGUACCUUUGUACUGUUUUACUGAGCGGGUUUCGUGGCUGCGUAGCUGCUCUGCACAUGAUUCGGGCCUUGACAUUCAGCCAACUCGGCAUGUCACAUAUUUGUUGUAGCUACGAGAUCUCUUGGGGAUUUGAAAGGGUUGUUCAGAAUGGGAUACUCCGUCUCAUGGACGCAGGCGAAAUCGAAGAAAUACGAGAGGAAGAUCGACGCAUGGCGGAAUUGCUGGAGGAUUUGAUGGAUGAGUUCGAGGUGAAGUUUUCUGAGAUGAACGUGCCGCUACAACAGUUCAUGGAAAGUUACUGGCUGCCUAGGAUGCAAAAGGUGAAAGAAGAGCGAGGUGAGAUGUCAGCCUAGGACUUGCAUGCUAUAAGAGAGAUUGGCAUUGUGCUGAAUGAAGCAUAACGGUACGCGCUUUUAGACUGUCACACAAAUGCGUUGUUUACCUAGGUAGUAAUUUAUCGAUUGAUUGAGUGAUCUUCGGUGCAGUAGGCACUUAGACAGCGAAACCAACAGCUUUCCUACCUAUGCCCCCGUU